AUGCAUUCGUUUGAAUUAGUUAAAAAAUUGAAACAGAGGAAGGCGGGUAUAAAUGAGAUUAUGGCUAGUUUUGAUGUCGAAUCAUUAUAUGCAAGUGUACCAGUGGGAGAAGCAAUAGAUAUUGCAGUCAACAAAAUAUGGUCCCAGAAUAAAAAGAAAAAGUUGAUGAAAUUGACAAAAAAUGAAUUAUAUAUUUUGUUCAAUUUAGCAUCGAGAACUGUUCAAUUUCGUUUCUAUCACCUAACUUAUAGACAAGAUGGUGGUGUUUCAAUGGGUAGUCCAUUGGCACCAAUACUAGCCAAUUUGUUUAUGAAAAAACUUGAAAAUGAACACAUACUAAUACCGGGUAACGAUCGAAUAAUAAAAACAUGGAUUAGAUAUGUGGAUGACAUUUUUGUUAUAUUAAAUGGUGGUGAAAAUGAUGCUUUAGUUUUACUUGAUACUAUUAACCAACUUCAUAAGCAAAUAAAAUUUACACUUGAAAUAGAGAAAGAUGGUGUGUUAGCAUUUUUAGACGUACUGAUAAUGAAACAAAAUGACAUAUAUGAAACGACCGUCUAUCGGAAGAAACAAAUACUAACUUGUACAUGA